UGGCCUAAGCUUGACUGAGUGACGUUGUCACAUUGCCCUGAAACUCAACUUUUGACACACUUCAAACCACACUCUUCAUACAGAAACAGACAAUUCACAAUCGGCAUGUCACUCAGCUCAGAUGACGAGGACGAUAUCCUCGCAGACGCUCAAUCGGCCAGUUCUUCCGGGGAAGACGAAGAUUCUCCCCCACGGCAGUUGUCGCAGAAUCUGUUUGCGCCUCCGUUUUAUGGGCGACCUCCAACGCCUUUGCCCCCUUCACCCUCACUCACAUCUCUUCUACGCCCUUCACGGCCAACAACACCAGACGCAUCUGAUGACGAUGCAAUCGCGCCUGUACCUAGAGCCGCGCCAAAGGUGCCGACGUACGAAUACUACGGAUUUGUGCUGUAUCUCUUCAGUAGUCUGACAUUCCUCAUUUACCUCCUCUGGGGCUAUCUCCCUUCACCGUUUCUGCACGCCCUGGGAAUAUACUACUAUCCCAACCGAUGGUGGGCGCUCGCCAUACCGGCUUUUAUCGUCAUGACAGUGGUUUACAUCUACGUAGCCCUCGCUGCGUUCAACACAGAGAUGUUGACAGUGCCACUAUCGAGUGUUGAGACUGUCGUUGAUGGGGCGGGAAAGCUGGCGGAGAUUGAUGCGAAGGGAAGAUUAAGGGGGAGUCGCAAUAGGGAGAGAAAGGUGCAUGGAGACGGGAGAUUGAGAUGGAGAGAGAUUUGGAGCGAGGGAACGGAUGCGGUGAUGGAUAUUCCGCUGGCUGGUGUUUGUGAGGUUUUGUAUGGAGAGGGAAGAGAGGACGGUGAAGAUAUGUAUGCCGAUGAUGAGAUCUGACAGUUUUUGUUUAUUCGCAACAUGCUUAGGAUCAUGACCUCCAUGGUCUGGUUGUGAAUGUCUUGAACGUCCAACUACUAUUCGCAUCGUAUCCCAGAUCAAACAAUAGUAUAACAGCAAAAAUGAAGACCAAGAGUGGUAACGACA